CACAUUAUUAAUAAGUGUAGCAGAGAUGGAGAUGUAUAGAUGUAUAGGCGAUAUGCCCAAGUGCAGGCAUUGAAAGCACAGCAACCGAAGUCGCCGAGAAUCGAAGGACGUUUCCUAUUCGCUUGUUUGCAGAUAUCCUUGCUUGGAUUUUCGUCUGUUAUUAUUAUUAAUAUUUUUUGGGGAAUUUGGAUAUGUUUACCAUGAUUUUCCCUAUAUAAUUUCGCUGACUUCCGAUCGGGAGAUUGUCGCUUCUGUUCCCAUCAUUUUCUAGAUCUCAGUUUCUUGCUUUCGCGAGAUCUGGAACCCAUAAGCUUGAUAUUUGCGGAGAUCAUGUCGGAAGCUUUGAUCAAUGGCGUCGCCGGGGCCGGCGGAGGAAUCAUCGCUCAACUGAUUACUUAUCCUCUGCAAACUGUCAAUACUCGUCAACAAACCGAGAGAGAUCCGAAGGAGAAGAAGAAGGCGCUGGGGACUCUGGAACAUAUGUCUAAGGUUGUAAGGCAAGAGGGGUGGGCUCGGCUCUACGGGGGGCUGACUCCGUCGCUUGUUGGCACCGCAGCGUCGCAAGGUGUUUAUUAUUAUUUCUAUCAAAUAUUCAGGAACAAAGCUGAAGCUGCUGCUUUUGACCGAAAGAGAAGAGGCACUGGGGAUGGAUCAGUUGGAAUGCUCUCAUCACUUAUGGUUGCUGCACUAUCAGGGUGUGUGAAUGUACUUCUGACAAAUCCUAUAUGGGUGGUUGUAACACGCAUGCAGACUCACACGAGGAAGGGUAAACCAAACUGUAGUGAUUCUUCAUUUGUAGGAGUAGAUCUUGCAGCUUUGGAGUCUUCUUUUGGUACUGCUCAUGCGAUUCAAGAGGUCUACGAUGAGGCUGGACUCUUUGGAUUUUGGAAAGGUGUUUUACCCACACUGAUCAUGGUGAGCAAUCCUUCAAUACAAUUUAUGCUGUAUGAAACUCUCUUAAAGAGGCUGAAGAGCCGACGUAUUGCACGUGGAAAGCUGAACAGUGAUGUCAGUGCUUUGGAGAUAUUUUUCCUUGGAGCUUUGGCCAAACUUGGUGCUACAGUUGUUACAUAUCCUCUUCUGGUUGUUAAGUCAAGACUUCAAGCUAAGCAGAAGGCUGGUGGAGACAAGAGGCAUCAGUAUAGAGGCACCAUGGAUGCAAUAUUGAAGAUGAUACGGUACGAGGGAGUGGAUGGGUUUUAUAAGGGGAUGAGUACGAAAAUAGUGCAAAGUGUGUUUGCAGCUGCCAUUCUUUUCAUGGUGAAGGAAGAACUGGUCAAGGGUAGCAAGUGGUUGGUAACAAGGGGUGGUGGUGCUGUCCGAAAACCAAAGCUGCUGCUUCAGUGAGGUGAGUUCAGUUAAGGUGACAUGCUAGCUUCAUCACUCACCCCCUCCCCUAAUAAUAUCAAUAAAAGAAACCACCAUUUGAUACUAAUAGAAAUCGAAUUUGAACUUGUAAGAAUGAAGAACACAUAAUCAAGUAUCAUUUGAUUUGAUGUUUAGGAGUAGCUAUCAAUCACACAAGUUAGUUGUACGGUAGUUGUUGCUCAGAUCACCAUGCUGAAACUGCAUUAUAAACUUGUUCAACAAAUUAUUUGUGUGCGCCA